AAAUUAAUAAAAAAGAUGCUGCACCUGUAUCAAUUAUACGCAUUGUAAGUCGUAACUAAAUAGGAUAUAUAACAAAGGAUUAUGUCAACCGUUUGCAAUUUGCGUCACGCGAAGACUCAUUUAACGAGGAAUGUUCAUAGAAAAGAUCAAAUUGAAUAGUUUAAUUUUAAAGCUCACUGAACGAUGAAAACCGAUUUCCUAACAAUCAGGUAAUAGGUUCAGCUAUUAUCAGGUAACAAUCAGGUUAAUCUAGUUUAGAGGAAUGCAAAUGUAAUCACGUGAGUGUAACGACCUGUAUAUCUGGAUUCUGACGCGCUCCCUUAAAUUUUCAACAAAACAUAUGGUUACUGGAACUGUAUACACGUAUACAGUUUUUUUGAUUAAAUAUUUUAAUUAACAAUUGCUUCAUAUCAACAUUCCUUACAUCCGAAUGCAUUUUUAGGUCGUUCGAUUGUUUCUACUUACGGAAGGCGCAUUAUGAAACACACGUAGUCACCCGUGAACACUAUCCUCGAAGAAAACCUUUGUUUUCGUUCUAUCAGAUAGAGUAAAAAGACUUUCGCCUUCCGUAUCGAUUCUCUUAAAUUACUUACUCAAAUAUCUUGUUCUUUUGAUGAUUAGAUGUUAGAUAAGAGCAUUUGUCUAUUGUUCGUGAAAUAAAUAAACGUUUUAGUACGUUGUUGCGAUUAAUACAAAUGCUUUAUCAAUUUAAUCAACACAUACCCGUGUCGUGCAAUUUCGGGUGACAGUAAUUAUCGCGGGGAAAGAUUUUCCUAGCGGUCUUUAACUUUAAGCUUACGGUAUGAAACAUUAAUUUUGUCGUCUACGACCGUGACGUGUAGACACCAUGUAUAUACAGCAUGUUCUUCGGUUUAUAUACAAAGACAGUUAACAUUUAGUUACAAUAUCCAAAUUUCUAAAAAAAAAAAAAAAAAGAAAAAAAUUACAUUUAUGCUUUUAGAAAUUGAACAGUUAGAGAUAAAAUGAUUUUUACAGAAAAUGUGGGACUGGUGUUUGAGGUCGUAGACCAAGAUCCAAAUGCGCUAUGAUUAAAUUACCGUGGGAUAGAGGCGUCUUUAUAACUGGCUGCUUUCUGACACUGUUAUCCUUUAUCAGUGUCGAUGCUCAGUUAAAUUCGGAGUACGGGUGUCCUACUCAAGAGAGGAUUCUACCUUGUAGAUGUUCUACUCGUGACAUGGAGAUUCAAAUAUGGUGCAGUCACAGUGAGUUACCAAAAGUUCUCGAGGGUCUAAAGGCAGUGAGUCAUUAUUUAGAUCGACCAGUUGACGAGUUGAUCUUGGAGAACAAUAAUCUACCUAGUCUGCCAGGCAAAGUUUUUGCUAGUCUGCGUGUUCUUCGUUUAAUGCUUCGAAACAAUCGUCUUGAAAGAGUGUCGUCAGGGUGGCUAGAGGGUCUUCACGAUUCCUUGUUAGAAUUAUUUAUCGUGGAACCGGAUUUACGUUCGUUACCUGUAGACAGCCUCGAAAAUUUACUUGGCCUCGAGGCGGUAACCUUGCAGAGUAGAGCGAUGAAAAAGCUUCCUAGAUUCUCUGGACUACCAAAACUCAGAUAUCUCCAGAUUAACUCACCGGCUCUGUUAGAAUUAGCCCCAAGAAAUUUUCGAGACUUGCCUAACUUGGAACAAUUUCACGUUUUUGGUAGUCCACGUUUAAUACGUUUGGAAGCUGGUCUCUUCCGGGGUCUGCUGCGGCUCGAGUUGAUGAAUAUUACGGACUGUGGAAUUCAUUGGGUCCAUCCUCGAGCUUUGAUAGAUUUACCAGAAUUGAAAGAGAUCUCGUUGGUUGGAAAUUCGAUCGUGGAUGCCGGGAUGAUUGGACGGGCUUGCAUGGAUCUGCCUUCCCUCUCGAUGAUACGUCUGGACAGAAAUCGCAUAAAUCGUCUUGGUGAAGGGGCAUUCACAGAUUUAUCGGUCCUCUCGCGCUUGUAUUUGUCGAGAAAUUAUAUUACCGAAGUGUUCGCUGGGGCAUUUCAAAGAAUGCCGGCAUUGAAAAUUGUCGAUCUCAAUCACAAUCUCAUACAUCACAUACAUCCUGAAUUCUUCCCGCAUAGAUCUGGAAACGUAUUGGAAGAGAUGUGGUUAAUCAACAACGAUCUAAGUCACGUGUCUGAACUGAGAUCUAUAAUGGAAGCUUUGCCCAGAUUAAAAUUCCUCGAUGUUAGCCACAAUCAAAUCGAAGAGAUACCCUUUGGAUCGUUAAGGGGACAUCUUACGUUGGAAAGACUUCACCUUGAUCACAAUAGAGUGGCCUUUUUGCAAAGAGAAACCUUCACCGCGAUGCCCGCUCUCAGGGAACUUCGAUUGAAAAAUAAUUCAUUGUCAAACUUAUUGGAAGCGCCGUUCUGGAACUUACCAGCGUUGAAAGGACUAGAUCUUUCUGAAAAUUACUUCCGCCAUAUAGAACCUCGUUUAUUAGCGAACUUGCCAAGUUUGAGACGUUUGGAUCUCAGUGGAAAUGCGGUUGGCCUUAUAGAGCCCGAUUCAUUCUUGGGCACGCCAUUAUUGGAGCAUAUAAACAUCUCUGGAAACGCGCUUUCCGUUCUCCAUCCGCUCACGUUCAAUCAUUUGACUAAUCUUUACGAAUUGGACGUCGGUUGGAAUCGAAUGCUCGAAAUAGUUCCGGGUUUACCGAGCAACAUAGAGCACCUUUACAUGCCUAUGAAUCGUAUGGUUAUUUUACCAGCAAUAUCCUCUCAAGAUCUGGAUCUCCCGCUUCUGAGAUCCUUGGAUCUGAGUGCAAACGGAAUUGAGAGGAUACUUCCAGGCAGUCUGACCGAUUUGCCGAAUUUGAGAAAGUUAAACUUCGGCUACAAUUCUCUUCGACUCAUAGAGGAAGGUGCUUUCGAAGGUUUAUCGAGAUUGGAGCAAUUGGAUUUGAGAUACAAUCGAAUAGUCACCCUGCAUGGCCGAAGUUUUAGACCGCUGAGAUCACUGAUGGAUUUGAGCUUACGGGGAAAUCGUUUGGAAGUUCUAAGGCCAGAUAUCUUCCAGGAAAAUAUUCGAUUACAGAGAAUAGAUCUCAGCAGGAAUAAUCUUGCUCAAAUACCUCAUGCAACGUUUUCUAAUACCAGAGACCUUCGUGAAUUGUACGCGUCGCACAAUACUUUGACCGAGUUACCCGGAUCGUUACACGGCUUAACAGCUCUUCAAGUAUUAGACUUGAGCUUUAACAAGCUGAACAUCCUGUCACCGGAAACAUUGAGCAGUCUAUCGGCCUUGCUCGAGCUCAAACUCGUCAGGAAUCGUAUUCGUGAGUUGCGCGAGGGCGCCUUCGAUGGCCUGCCACAGUUAACGUUAAUUGAUCUGGAAAAUAACGAUCUGAGAAUUAUCGAGAGAAACGCUAUCAGAGCUCUGCCAGAGCUGCAAGCGAUACGACUUGGAAAGAAUCGAUUGCAGAUAAUUCCAAGCGGAGCUUUCACCGAGUUGCCAUUACUGCAAAGCGCGGAACUUCAGGAAAAUCGGAUUCAGGAAAUUGCGAGUAAUGCAUUCAUUAACGUGCCUCACCUUCUCUUCCUUAAUUUAAGCCACAAUCAUUUACCUUCGUUGGAUUACAUUGGCUUGGAUAGCUUGCGUUCCCUGGAAGUUUUAGAUUUGAGCAAUAAUCGAUUAUCCAGGGUAUCCAGCAACAGUUUAUCAUCGAUGGAAUGGCUAGUUGAAUUAAAAAUGGACAACAACCGUAUUUGCACUAUCCAAGGUUCGCCUUUCGAUAAAAUGCCGAGACUUCGGGUUCUCAGCUUGAGAAGUAAUCGAAUGGCUUCCGUUUCGGAAGCGGCCUUCAAAAGAUUGAGAUCGAAUAUCGCUGUCUUAGAUAUCGAUGGUAAUCCACUUUCGUGUUCCUGUGGAAUGUUAUGGUUGAGAGGAUGGUUGCAGCAAGCUUCCUCCGAAGGUCCAAGAUGCGCCGAUGGAUCUUUAUUCAAAGAAAUUAGAUUAGCGCGUCAGGAUUGUCAACGCGAAAGACAAAUCGAUCCGAUUCAUCCUGGCUGUGAGGCGGAAAUGAUCGACAUUGCACCGUAUCCUGUUUCCUCUUCUAUAUUUGGAGCAACGGAGAUGGUACCUUUAAGGAUGAAUUUAAAGGAGUCUUCGACGAGAAAUCCUCCUAAUAUUCAAGAUGCUGAUUAUUUCUACGAGUAUCCUGAUUAUCAUGAUAAUAAAAAUGACACAUCAAACGUAACAUUCACAUCUGCUCAAUUUAUAACCACUGUACCAACGAGCAAUGAGAAAACCAUUCAGACGACGGAGAAGAUUUCAACUACGACGAAUAAUACCAUUCCCAUAAAAAAAAUUACCUCGAUGCCUCCCUCUCCUAGCAGUUCUGGUUUUACCUUCUUCGGGGUACCUUUGCCUAGUCUUAACUUCAAUCUUUGGGGAAAUUCAAGAAGAAAAUUCGAGAGGAAAGAUUCUUCGGGAAGACCUGAAAGAGGUCGUUACAGGACGUUUCCGCCUACAGAACCAGAAAUUCACAGAGGAGGUUUUAUACCAUUACCGCGAGGACAAGGUGGAUUUGUGCCUAUCGUUGACCCUAGAUUAACAUACGAGAAACAAAUUAAAAACGAAAGCUCGAAGAACUCGAACGCUACGCAAGAAGAACGGAAACGAUGGAAGAGCGGAAAUGGGACAAUCGCAAAAGUUGAAAGAACUUACCUAAGAACAAACAAGUCUAAAGUAGGGCCGAAAGAAAGGGAAGAGUUAUCCACAGUAUCUGUUAAUGAACCUGAUUUUCAUUGGCAAAUAAAUGGUGUGAAAAAAAUUAGUUCUGCCAUAAAUUCAACGAAGGAUACUGCAUCAGAUGAAUCGCACCACGAAGCAAAUGGAACUUCUGUUGAAGCUUAUAACGGAGAAAAUCUGGAAAUGAUUAAGAAAGCGAUUAAAAACGAAGAAAAAUUACAAGUGGAAGUCGCGAGUAGAAUCGUUUGGACUACGCCGAAAAAUGCCUUGGAAGCGACGAAAGAUGUUUUAUCCAAAGAAACAUCGACAGAGAUAUUAAAAGGGGAAAAACAUGUAUACUGGAAUACCGAAGCAAAUGAAUUUCAAGAAACGUCCAGUCUCGCGACAAACGUUCGAAACGAAUCAAUUGAUGAUCCAAGUGCUAUUAUAACAGAACGUUCGACUUUUCAUUCAACAUUUUCGGAAAAUCGGAAGAAUUCCACAUCUCAAGCUUCUCGAGAAACGGAAGCAUCACCGCUUUCAGCGUUUUUAGUUCCAGGAGGUCAAAUACCCUCAUUGAUCCAAAAUUUGCGUCCAUUAGGUAGGCCAACAAUAACAAAAGUUCCAUCACCACGUAUUGGUCUCGUUGCUGAACCAGAAAAACAGAAAUCUAUGGCUGAAGCUGUUCAACGAAAUUUGGAAAAUGAAGAGGAAAAACUAUUCGGAAUAGAUGGAUCUUCCAAUGAGAAUGCUGAAGUUCUUGAAGACAAUUCAUUUAAUUGGUAUUUUCAACAUUAUAACGAUACUAAUUUAGAACCUUUUGUUGGUGUAGCAUAUAGUGGAGGUGAAAAGACAAGUGUGGCUCGAUGGACUUUAUUAAGUCAAAUAUAUCUUAUUUUAUACAUUUUCAUAUAAAAACAUGAAAGAUUAAAUAUUUUCAAUAAUUAAUUUAUUGAAUAAUUCAUUUUUGAAGUUUUAAUUGCGCUUAAUAUGAUUGAUCUGAAUGAUGAAAACGAAAUGAAGAAAAUUCAAGUGUUAUUAGAUUAUAUUAAAUGUUUUGAUAAUGAAAAACAUUAUUUAUUUGAAAUUACAUCUUCUGAACAGGUACCUGCACUAUAAAAACUUAUUUUUAGAUUAAAAUUUCACGUUUCGUGAUUAAAUGUGAAUUUUUAUGAUA